GUCAGUUUGCAGUUUGCUCAACGAGGUCCGCAGCAGCAUGGAGUCGAUGACGGGACAUACGAUCGUCGUGACGGGCGGUGGCAGCGGCAUCGGCCUUGCGCUCGCCUCGCGUCUCCUUGGCCUUGGCAACACGGUCAUCAUCGUCGGUCGGCGCGCCGCCAAGCUCGCCGAAGCGAAGGCCGCGCAUCCCGGCUUGCACACGGUCGUCGGCGACGUCGAGUCAGCAGCCCAGCGUGAGGCGCUGUUUGCGACGCUGAUUGCGUCGUACCCGGCGAUCAACGUGUUUGUGCAUAACGCAGGUGUCCAGCACACCUUGAACCUCAAGGCCGGCGUGGCGCCCAGCUGGGACGCGCUCGCGAGCGAGAUCAACAUCAACUAUGCCGGCGUCAUCCAUCUCUCGAUGCUUUUGAUCCCGCAUCUCGUCGCCAAGCCGUUCAGUGCGCUCAUCACGGUCACGAGCGGCAUUGCGUUUGCGCCGAUCGUCGCGCUGCCCAUCUACUGCAGCACAAAAGCGGCGCUGCACUCGUUCACGUGGUCGCUGCGCCACCAGCUCGCCGACACGUCGGUGCGCGUCAUUGAGAUCGUUCCGCCCGAGGUCAACACAGAGCUCGAGGCACCGGGUCUGCACACCAACGGUAUCAGCGUCGAUGUCUUUGCCGACAGCGUCCUCGCACGACUCGGUGCUGGCGAGACCGAGAUCGGCCAUGGCAUGGCCGAGACCGGUCGCCUCGCGUUCCGCGCAGCAUUCGAGAUCCCGUUCGAGAACAUGAACAAGGACAUUCAUUUUCCGACGCCGUCCGCGCAGUAGGCGCUUACGACUACACGUACCGACAAUGAGAUGAACGAGUCUACUAGUACUGUCUUGUGA